AACGAGCAAGUCUCUCUAAUGGCGACCUCUCUGAAAACCAAUUUCAUGCCUCCAAGCUUGAUCUCGAAUCUUCAACAAGUUUUGGCUCUCAAAAGCGAGGCUGGAGAGAAGCAUGCUUCUGAAGCAAAUAAAGUUUCUUGUAGUUCUUCAUCUUCAUCUUCAAGUUGCUCUUUGCUGCCUUCGGAGGACACGAAAGAUAAGCAGUGUCCAAAGCCAGUGGUUUUAGUCACAAAUGGAGAGGGAAUUGAGUCUCCUGGUCUCACAUAUCUCGUCCAAGCUCUCCUUGAUUCUCAUCUUGAUGUUUAUGUCUGCGCACCAAAAUCAGAUAGAUCAGUGGCUGGCCACUCUGUGACUGUCGGUGAGACAAUUUCAGUGUCUUCUGCACAAAUCAAUGGCGCCACGGCCUUUGAAGUCUCCGGGACUCCUGCCGAUUGUGUCUCUUUAGCAUUAUCAGGCUCAUUAUUCUCCAAUUUUUCAAAACCUGCCUUGGUAGUCAGUGGCAUAAAUAGAGGAUCAAGUUCUGGAAUCAACAUGUUCUACUCAGGUGCUGUUGCUGGGGCUAGAGAGGCAUUGCUAUGCGGUGUACCCUCUCUGUGUUUAUCAAUGAAUUGGAAGAAAGAUGUAAACUGUGAAAGUGAUAUGAAGGAUGCAGCAACUGUGUGCUCACCGUUGAUAUGUGCAGCUGUAAGAAGCAUCCAGGAAGGACUUUUCCCUAAAAGUUGUUUACUCAAUUUUGAGAUCCCUAGUUGUCCUUUGAGAAAUAAGGGCUUCAAAGUGACCAAGCAGAGUCAGUGGAGGUCUUCUAUGAGCUGGAAAGCUGUGUCAACAAAAAAACAUCAUCCUCCUGCAAAUUUCAUGUCCAGUCAGCAAAGCCUUGGUAUUCAGCUAGCACAGCUCGGGCGUGAAGCUUCAAUAGCUGGUGCAGCUCGCCGCUUGAACUCUCAGCGCAAGAAUGAAGAGAUUGAAUCAGUUGGUGUAGCCAGAAAAAUGUGCUCCCAGAAAACUAUAAAAUUCUUUCGUUUAGAGUUCUUAGAGGAGCAGCAGGAAAAUGUAGAUAAAGAUCUAGAUAUCAGAGCACUUGAGGAUGGAUUUGUCGCGAUUACUCCAAUCUGUUUAUCUUCAUCUAUUCAAUCUGACAUUCAAAUGUCAGUAUCAAAUUGGAUUUCGAGUGCCGUACUUUCCAAGAAUCAGUUGGCAAUAUAGUAUGAACCAAUAUGUAUUAGUUGAUGCUUUAGCGUUUGACUUGUAUUGCUGGAGACUGUGAUCUGCUUUGCUUGUUAUUGGAUUAUCUUACGAAGAAAUCAAAUCUCUA